UAUAGGUAUGUAGGGGAGAAGUGGCAUGAAAGAGCCAGGUUUUGAAAGAGCCACUUGCAUUAAUUCGGUGGUUUAGGAACGAAUUUGGUGGGUGAUCUUAUUUUAAGGUGGCAGCACUGAUUUCCCGCCACUCACAAAGAUUUGACAGUUGGCUAGUGAUAACAGGCGGCGGUACAUCGAGUCAACAUUUUUGGCAUCCAAAAGUAAGUAUUUUGCUCUAUCUAAGUAGUUUUUUGGCAUUUGAUUGUAAACAAAUAUAAGUAUGUGGAUUGUAGAUUCAGUUUGUGCAUAUAAUUGGCCUUGCAACUGCGUAAACACUAAGCGACAAAAGGUUUUAUAUUGCUGUUAUUUUGAAGAUACUGCAUUAUGGAGAAGGCUGGCUCAAAAAAACGAAAAAGACCCGAAAAAUCGGUAAUUGAAGAAGCAGUCAGUGAAGUUUUGGAGAAAGGUCAGUCCAUAAACAGAACUGCACUUGCCUUAAACAUAUCGAGGGCUUACUUAGCUAAAAUCGUUAAAAAAGUAAAGACGUCUGGCGAUUCAUCAUAUGAACACUGA